AUGACAAACUUAUCUUUGUCAGAUUGCAGCCAAGAUAGAUUGAGAGUAUUUGGAUUUUGGUACACUAGAGAGUUUGUUCCGCUUCUUGGUGCUCUUACGAAUAACUUGAGCAAACCACCUGGUCAUUUCAAUACUACCUGUAGUCCUUUGAGCCCACUCUUCCGUGCCAUUUCCAAAACACGUACCUCCUACUCAUCUCAUGAUUCUAUUAUCAUCAACAUCAAGUCGCACCUCAUCUCUGAAAAUAAACAAAUGAAGGACAAAAUAAGUUUUGAGGAACUUGAUCAGAUCAUCAAAAGUUCUAUAAAUAAUGAAGCCAUAGAUCCUGAAUUGGAGAACCAGACUCCAGAACCUGAAUCUGAGAAAAGAAAAGCCGAAGAAACUGAUGAAGAAAGUAACAAAAGAACCAAAUCAAUGGACUUAUUAGAUUUACAAUUCCAGAAAGACCAACAAUCACAAUCACAAUCACAAUCAGAACAACCGAAAUCUCCUGAACCUCAGCCCAAAGAACCCGAUACUGAUAAAGAUAAAACUGUCAUACAUGAAGGAAUUGAAAUACCGGCGGAUUCUGAAUUACUCAAUUCAAAUUCUGCCUAUACUUCAUAUACUGAAGCAACCAAUUUCACUCAAAUCCCUGUGACGAGGAAUUCACAUCUUUCAGCUUUACCUUUACCAAUCAUAUCGCCAGAUAUAUCACCAAGAAUUCAAUUAUUAAUUCAAACAUUACCAACUUUGGAUAAUCUUUCAACUCAAUUACUUCGAAUCUUCACUAUUGGUCCAUAUCAAGAAGUUAUAGAAUUGGCAUCUAAUUUGGAAAACCCUAAAGGUGCUACUUUUAGAGAUUUGACUUCGAUUUUUGAAUUCACUAAGAAAUUAUAUUCUGAUGAUCCUUUCUUAUCAGUUACUCAUAUAAUACCCAACUUAUCUAAUGAUGUACAAAUGACAAAUUUUUUCAAGAACUAUCAACAAAGUAUUGAAUCCACAUUAAGGAAAGUUAACUUAUCCACUUUCCUUUUAGCUACUUUAGGUAUAAUUGAAGUAGGGUUUUAUUAUUUAAAUGAAUCUUUCUUGAAUAUCUUUUGUCCCUUGGAUAGUAUAGAUCCUGAAACGACUAUUUGUCAAAUGAACACUAAGAUAAUCCAAGGUAAUGCAACCAUUGAAACGGACAAAAUAGGAAAAAUCUUCAAACAUCAAGCAAUUCUUUAUUUAGAAUUGAAAACUCAAGCCUAUAUUUCAGCCAUUGAAGCAGGAGAUAAAUCUCGUGAAGAAAUUCUUGAUGAUAUUUUACCAUCAAAUCUAAAAGAAAUUUUAGUAGAGAAAAGAGGUACUAAAAUAUUGAAUCAAUCAGAACAAGAAUUUAUUGAUAGAUGUAAAGCUAGAAGAACACUGUUAUUAAAUCAUCAAGAUGAUUCAACAUUAUCACAAGAAUUUGAAUGGUUCCAAUUUUUAAAGAAUUUGUUCGAAUUCAUAAGUAAAAAUAUGGCAUUCUUAAUUUGGGGGAAUAAGAAAGUUUCAAAUAUUCAGGAUCUCAAAAGUCUCCAAGAUGUCACAUUAUCUUCAACCAAUCAUCCUACAACCACGUUACCACCACCACAAUCUUAUAGUCAUCCAAUACUGAAUGAAGUUUAUGAUCCUCGAGAAGAUUUAUUACCAUCGGAAAUCCAACAACGUCAAUUACAAUUGACUAAUGGACCAGGUCCAAAGAGUAGAAUAUCAUCAAGAAGACCAUGGACUAGAGAUGAAGAAAAAGCUUUAAGACAUGCAUUAGAAUUAGAAGGUCCUCAUUGGUCUAAUAUUCUUGAAUUAUUUGGUCCUGGAGGUCAAAUUAAUGAAGCUUUGAAAAAUCGUACACAGACUCAACUUAAAGAUAAAGCAAGGAAUUGGAAAAUGUUCUUCUUGAAAUCUGGUUUACCUGUACCGCAAUAUUUGCAAAAAGUAACAGGUGACUUGGAAAGGGAUGAUAGACAUAGGAGGAAGAAGCUCGCGAAAAAAUAG